AUGAGCCUACGCUUCCCGCUGAUGUGGGAGGUUUUCAACUUGGUCCUGAUCAUCGCCAAGGGGUUCACCUUUUUACAUGACGGGGCUCCGUUCCAGGACGCGUGGCUCCUCCUGGGGUUGUGCGCGGCAUCCGUUGCACUUGAGCUGGUGGGCUUUGAUUCCGAGCUUCGCUCUGCGGGGACCCUUCCCCGCCAGCACGUCUUCCUCCACUCGGCGGUGGGCGCGAUGGCGACGAUGAAUCUCGCCGAGAAACGGUCUUGGGCACCCAUCCCGGCAACGACGAACACGAUCCUCGACCAGCGACGCCUGUCGGAAGGCUACGUCCUUGCAUGUGAGACGACAGAAGAAACGUGUUACGACGGGGAGAGCGGCGAGGACAUCGCACACGGCCGGCAGAAUAGCUUCGAGGAACGGAGACGGUUCCUUUCCGACUGGAACACUAAGGUCGACAAGCUACGCGCUACCUGGAAGACCAAAGUGGACGAGUUGGCAGAAAAGUUGGCUGCAGCCCGGCGGAAUAGAAACAGACGCUGGGGGGGAGCCGAAGGAAGUCGGGGCGGGGCGGGGGGCGGGGGCGGCGGCGGGGGGGGGUGGGGUGCCCCCUUGCUGCUGCUGGCGCGCAUGUUCGCGCAGGAGCAGGCGGCGAUCGAAGAGCUGGGGGACAUGUGGGUCCGCGACCCGAAGUGGACAGGAUUUUUCUUGCCCCAGUACACCCUGUUCCUCCUGUACGCGUCCUUUGCGCACAGCUCUCGCCUGCAAGACCUGCUGCUCGACCGGUGCGGUUCGAGCGUCCAGACCGCCCACGCCCUCUACUGGUUCCUCAGGGCAUUUUGCCUGCAAGGGGCGCGGGUGACUCCCGAAGGGGUGACGGCCAUCGAGCAGAUGCUGCAAGAGGUGGUCUCUAGAGGGGAACAGCCUGCGCGGGACUUUUGCGAGCUGCGGUGGAGGGACGACGGCGAUGCGGUCAGGUAUUCGGAGCUCUUCGACGCGCCGGACGAAGGGGCCGGGGGAAACCGGUCUCUCAGCGGGCGUUUCGGGGAGACUGUGGAGUUUGUCGACGAGCUAGUUAAGAUUUCGACGGAGCUUGCGGGAGUGGGGAAAGAGAGGAGGACGGAGGAGUUGAAGAGCCGAUUACGAGAGGUGCAGGCCCGGUUCUUGCCUUCGCGAGCCAUCUACAUUCCCCUCAACCGCAGGCGUCAUCGCGUAUACCGAAUCGCGGUGGAGGAGAGCUUCUCUUUCAGCACCAAGGACAGAGCUCCGUAUCUCGUGACGCUGGAGGUGCUAGACAGCCGGCUGCAGCAGCAGCAACAGCAGCAGCAGCAGCAGCGGCCACCGCUUUCUUCGGGCUCGGAGCGGCCAGGAGCGGGCGCCAGCGGAAGCGCGGAUGGUGCCGCUGGUCGCGCCAAGGGUCGCGGCGAAGGAGAAGAAGGGGGAGGGGCAGUGAAGGUUGGCCUGAUCAGGAUGCUGACCCCGAAGGGCUUGGGGCAGUCGCUGCGGGAGAUGGCCGACAACACGCUAACGUCGCUCAAGCUGGGGGGUUCCACGAAGGACGGGCGUGGCGGGGGGGUCGCUAGUGGCAGUAGCAGUGGUGGGGAUGAUGUGGAGAGCCAGCCUCCCAUGGUCGUGCCUCCGAGUGGCGGUGGCGACUUCCUCUCGAAAGGGCCGAUGGCAGCGCCGGCAAGUGGCGGCGGCAGAGGGGGCGGAGGCGCUUCUGAGGCCGGCGUCGUAUCGGGGCGAAGCCUUUCCCUCCUUCUCCAGGAGCCAGCAGAAAAAGAAGGAGACGCGAAAGGAGGAGGUGGGGCCAGGGGUGGCGGUGGUGACGACGCGCUCACGGUCGCCGCCACCCUCUCGAACAGCAGCGGCUCCGCGGUGGUGAUGCCGACCGUUUCGGAUGCCGCCGUGCACGCCGCCUCCGCCGCCGCCACCACCGGCAGCAGCAACAGCAGCCCCCCUUCCCCGGCCGCCUGGUCGGUGUUCCCUCGUCCUUGCAGUUCCGAGGCGGCUGCGGCGAUGUUGUCCCGAGACGAUUCCGCCGCAGAAGAAGCGGGAACGGAAGCAGCGUACUCGCAGCCACCUGAUCAGGUCGCCGUGGUCGCGGUGGCGGAAGGAGUAGGGCGGCGAAAAGACGGCGGCGGUAAGGUGCCGGUGUCGGGAGGAGAGAGAGACGAGAGUAGGGAUCGAGGCGGGAAGGGGGGGGCGUCUAACGGCAUUGGCUGCGGAGAUGGUGUUCAAGGUGGCAGCAUUGGGGGCACCGCUGGUGGGAGCGGCGUUUCGACCGGGGAGGGGGGGGACGGCGAGGAGGGGGAAGGGGAGGAGGAGAUCGCGCAGCGGCUCGUACCGCCGUCGUUCUCCAGCACCAACUUGAUGGGCAUGUGGAGCAGGCCUAGCAAGCGAAUGGCGGAGCAAGGCCAGGUUCCGUUCUCUUCCCCGACCAGCCCAAACCCUUUUUUCAGCAACUCGCCCGCUGUUAGCAUCAACGACAUCGCAGCUACCACCCCUGCCGCCGCUACCUCCGUCGAGAACGCGAGUUCCGCCGCCGGGCCUGACGGCAGUGGGCCGGCCGGAGCGGGCAGCGGCGGUGGUGAUGGGUCUUUGAGGAGAGGGGGAGGCAGUGACCGUCGCCUGAGCGGCGAGGAGGAGGAGAUUGUCGACGGACCCUCGUCUGUUGCGGGAACCGUCACGCCUGCGCGCCCUCCGUGGGUUUCUAGUGAGACGAUGGCGGUGGCGGGGGAGGGGACGCCUGCAGCUGCUCCUUCUCCGGGGACUAUUUCCGUGGGUAGCACCGCGGGCGACGGGGUGGAAGCACUUCUGCUGGUGAUCUUCAAGGAACGGUGGCACCAGAAGGAGGCCCGGCUAAGGAGGGCGUCAAAGCUGGGCCAAGCGAGAGAGUGGAGGCUGAUGCCAGUCAUCGUCAAGGCCGGGGAUGAUCUACGGCAGGAGCAGCUGGCCUCGCAGUUCUUCGCUCUGGCUCACCGAAUCCUCAAGCAGAGCCCCCUCCGUGCACGAGCUGGACUCAGACCGUACGAUAUCGUGGCGACGUCGCACGAUGCCGGGAUCAUCGAAGCUAUCCCUGACACCGUCUCGAUCGACGCUCUCAAGAAGAACGACCCGCUCUACACUACCCUGCUGGACUUCUUCCACCGUCACUUCGGACCCCCCAAGUCGGAAGGGUUCCAGCGCGCGCGGCGUUUCUUCGUGGAGUCCCUGGCGGCCAAUUGCAUCGUAACAUACCUGCUGCAGGUGAAAGACCGCCACAACGGCAACAUUCUGCUGGAUGCUCGUGGACGCGUCAUCCACAUCGACUUCGGCUUUAUGCUGGCGAACAGCCCGGGCGGAAACUUCAACUUCGAGUCCGCUCCGUUCAAGCUUACGGCCGAGUUCGUCGACCUCAUGGGGGGGCCUUCUUCUGCCUGCUUCAAGGGCUUCCGCGAGGUGUGCGUCCAGACGUUCAUGGAGCUGAGGCGCAAGAUGCCCCGGCUGAUCCUUCUCCUCGAGACCUCUUCGGUGGGGAACGCGCACCUACCCUGCUUCGGGGGCAGGCCGGAGGCCGUCGUCGCCGAGCUGCGGGCCCGUUUCAAGCCCGAGGCCCACGACCGCGCCGCGAUGGCCCACGUGCACCGCCUCAUCGACCGAUCCAUGGGCUGUUGGCGAACUUCUUGGUACGACCUCUACCAGAGCUUCGCCGUCGGCAUCGCCAAGUAGAGCUCCACGGUCGGCGUGUUUUUUUUUUUUUAACCCGCACGUUUGUGUUUUACUUCUCUCCCCUCAAUCAUGUAUGUGUGUGUGUGAGUGGUGCUGGGGUGGUCUCUUUUUUGCUGUGCGAGCUGCCCCAACUAAAUAGUGGAAUCGCAGUCGACACACGUCAUACACAACAGUGGUAGUCGGUCAGUCUAUGGGUCUCGCUGUGGGGGUGGCAGUUGUUCUUUGUCGUGGCAGUUGUUCUGUUCAAGUAUGGUAGUAGCAGGGACGGUGGGGGGGGCACGCUUGAGGGCUUCAUAAUUUUGAUCCGUGUAUCGGUAUUUUUCUCUUUGUACAACAAGUUAUCUUUGUUUACCAAGUUGUCUUUGUAUGCUCAAAAAGAGUGAUAAAUUUGCCUCGAUGUUGUGUGGGACCUCUCGUAUCAGGCCGGCACAUUCUGUCCAUCGUGAUUGAAAUUGUGACAAGAACCGCGUUUUCUUUUUGGAACAUCAGCGCAUGAGGAGUGAGUGAAUGUGCUGCUGGGGUUCAAGGCAGGAAGCCCACGCAGCAAAUCGAUGUUUUUCAAAAAGGAGGCGUUUACGCCGAGGGAGCGAUUCUUUUAGCCGGGAUAGAAAUCGGUUCAGGCCUUUGGCGAGAGGUUCUGCGAAGCCAUCUGCGAUGGCCUCGGUUGUGGUUUGUGGUAUUAGCUAGGACUCGAGCGUGGUACUGUUUUGGAGGCGUUGUUCGGUUUCUUCGGAGACUGCUCGCAGUUUUGUUCGCAAAUUUACUCCCCGGUGCCGAGAUGAUGCUGUCUGUCGGGUGGUGACAUGCAUACGCCCCGGGAAGACAGAAAGUGCUACAACCAGCGACCAUCCAGUUGCAUGUGUUGAGGCCGAUGGUCUAUGUGCGUUUAGGUAUGAAAACAAUUUUGUUCUUUUUUUUUUUUGCUGGAGGAAGUUCGCUUCCUCCUCGCUUCGCUUCCUCCUUACCAAAGCUGUGCGUGCUUGUUUUUGCUCUUGUUGUUGUUGGGGACAUGGAUGGGUUUUUUUUUAUCCCGUUGUACUUUUUUGCUCUGUGCCAUCGCGUGGGGGAACGAGUCGUCUACGUUUACCGUGCGUACCGUAACAGGGCCUGCUAUUUUGUCUCGUGAAGCCCCCUCCCCCCUUGGUAUACCAGUGAUGCAUAAUGGGCUGUCUCGUGUGGUUGUUUUGUUCAAGCAAGCUACCACGCUACCCGUUGAGAGGUAUCUCUAGGCGUUUGUUUUUGUGUUUGGUAUGUAUUCAAGCUGUGGAGAGUGGGUGGAUCGGUUUCGAUGUUUUCAGUUUCGAUGUUUUUCUGUACUGGUAUCGCGGCGUGUCUACGUCAACCACGCUCAAGCCGCGGCUAUGUUUCCAGGAAGAUGUAUGUCAAAGCGUUUAGCGGCCGAAUACCAGUUCCUCCGAGUUUACCUCAUUGUGUUUUCAGAGUCCAGUGUUAUAUGGCAGGGAAUAGAUGGAUAUGGGGGGGUAGCUGUCGCGUUUGUGAGCCCCGUCCCCGCCCCCCUUGCAGCAUCUAGCGGUCGGUGUUACUUUCCGUUUGUCGAUGAUGCCGAGGAAGUAGAGUUUGUGGAGGCUGUGUGUACAGACAAGCGCUGGAGAAGAAGAAAAUGUUGGAAAAUAUCAAGGACCUGUUGAUACGGAGGAGCAGCAGCAUCCUGUAAAAGGCAGUAGGACUGCUGCA